AAGAGCCCACCCAAACAAAUCCCUACAAUUGAAAUUCUCUCGAUUAUGGCCGCCGCCGCUAGCACCGCCACUCUUAGCCUACGCAAUCCCUUUUCUUCUUCCUCCUCGAAAUUACCUGUCAAUUUCAACAAAGUCGAGCCUCUGACAUCACCUGUGAAUUUUUUUUCCAUUUCUUGUACCUUGACUAGAGAACCAAUGCCAGCUGCGCCGGUUUCCGUGGAUUCGGAUCCGAAAGGAUGGAAACGACCAGACUCGUUCGGUCGGUUUGGGAAAUUUGGUGGGAAAUACGUUCCCGAGACCCUAAUGUCUGCCCUUUCUGAGCUGGAAACGGCUUUUCAUUCCCUCUCUACAGAUGACCAAUUUCAGGAAGAACUAGCUGGGAUUUUGAGAGACUAUGUUGGCAGGGAAACUCCACUUUAUUUUGCGGAGCGGUUGUCUGAGCAUUACAAGCAUCCUAAUGGUGAAGGGCCGGAUAUCUACCUAAAGAGGGAGGAUCUUAACCAUACUGGUGCUCAUAAGAUCAAUAAUGCUGUUGCGCAGGCAUUGCUUGCUAAACAUUUGGGGAAGAAACGAAUUAUUGCUGAAACUGGAGCUGGUCAGCAUGGUGUGGCGACAGCUACUGUUUGUGCACGGUUUGGUUUGCAGUGCAUUAUUUACAUGGGCGCUCAAGAUAUGGAAAGACAGGCGCUUAAUGUUUUCAGAAUGCAGCUUCUUGGCGCAGAGGUCAGAGCAGUUCAUUCGGGCACUGCAACACUAAAAGAUGCUACCUCGGAAGCUAUCCGGGAUUGGGUGACUAAUGUGGAGACAACUCACUAUAUUUUGGGGUCUGUUGCUGGUCCACAUCCAUAUCCUAUGAUGGUGAGGGAGUUCCAUGCUGUGAUUGGUAAAGAAACAAGAAAACAAGCUCUGGAAAAAUGGGGAGGGAAACCGGAUGUAUUGGUUGCAUGUGUUGGUGGAGGUUCAAAUGCUAUGGGACUUUUCCAUGAGUUUGUUGAUGACAAGAAUGUUAGGUUGAUUGGCGUAGAGGCUGCUGGUUUUGGUUUGGAUAGUGGCAAGCAUGCCGCUACUUUGACCAAGGGAGAAGUGGGAGUUUUGCAUGGAGCUAUGAGCUACUUAUUGCAGGAUGAAGAUGGGCAAAUAGUCGAACCUCAUUCCAUUAGCGCUGGCUUGGAUUAUCCCGGAGUUGGACCUGAGCACAGUUUUCUAAAAGAUGUAGGGCGAGCUGAGUACCACAGUGUCACAGAUGAAGAAGCAUUGGAAGCUUUCAAGAGAUUGUCUCGACUGGAGGGCAUAAUCCCAGCUUUGGAGACAUCUCAUGCACUGGCGUAUUUGGAGAAGCUGUGCCCGACUCUACCACAUGGUACCAGAGUCGUCAUUAACUGCAGCGGCAGAGGCGACAAAGAUGUUCAAACGGCGAUCAAGUAUUUGCAGGUGUAACUACUAAGUGCUGUUGACGUGUCGUUAAGUAUGUGCAUCCCAUGAAAUAAAUGGUUUUUCAUCUUUUACAGCCAUGCUUUCAGUCUUCUUUUUCGGUGUU